AUGACCCAAGCUUUUGGUAUAUCACUUCAACGUCGCUCUCAUCUCGUCGAACAACGGCUCGGAAGCGACGACAAUCUCCCAUUCUACAAACGACCAUUAUGGCUUUCGGGAUUUUUAAUUUAUACAAUGAGCAACGUUGUUCAGUCGACUUGUACUAUUGGAUAUUUGCCCAUUGUCAUCCUGGCACCCAUUGGUGCCAUUGGUUUGGUAUUCAAUGCCAUAUUCGCAAAGAUCGUCUUGGGCGAUCCCUUUACAAUGAAAACGAUACUAGGAACAAUGCUUAUUGUUAUCGGCGCUAUGCUUGUUGCUGGAUUUGGCGUUGUGCCAGAACCCAAUCAUUCGCUGCAAGAUCUUAUUCGUCUGUACAAGCGACCUGCAUUUAUUGUGUAUUUUGCCGUCAUCGAGUCAUUCACGUGUCUGGGCCUGGUCUUGACGCACCUUAUCCAAUACAAUGCAGAACGGUCAGAAGCAUCAGGACGUUGGUUGGGAGGCAUCUAUGCUCGUCCAGACCUCAAGAUGUGGCUAGGGAUCAGCUACGGUGUAUUCGGUGCCAACAUCAGCAGCCAGGCCAUGCUGUUUGCAAAAAGCGGUCUAGAACUGCUGAUCCUUUCAGUUUUCCACCACGAUAAUCAGUUUGCCAAUCCUCUUACAUGGCUGUUGGUAUUAGCGCUCAUAUUUACAGCAGUAUUGCAGCUUUACUAUUUGAACCGAGGCAUCCGCCUGUGCGACACGAUUAUUCUUGUCCCCCUAAACUUCUGCUCCUUCAACGUCUCGUGUCUGUUCAAUGGACUGGUCUAUUACGAUCAGUGGGAACGAUUGUUCUGGUGGCAAAUGGUCGCGGUGCUCAUGGGCAUUGCUGUCCUUAUCAGCGGUGUGCUUGUUAUCUCAUGGCAGCCGGGAUAUAUGGCAGCAGCCGGAGCAGAACCCGAGCAGGAAUCUGCAUCCAAUAUUCAGAAGCAUGCAAAGGUACUCCCCAAAAGCAAAGGGCUGUGGACUAAAUUACGCUCACGCCAACAACAACAGCAAGAUACCACUACCACCAGUGAGCCGGAUGAAAGGACGAGUUUGUUACAUUCAUAA